AUGAUCAGACGGCUGCGGCCGCUUCGAAGUACGCCACCAGUGUCUCCUCGGCAGCCCCGUGAGUGGCCAGAGUCUGCAGAGUCGGAGGGCAGUGGUGUCAUGAUGGAUGCGUUGUCUGAUGAUGAUGAAGCUGACGUUUUGCGGUCGCCGAACGAAGACAGUGAAGAGCUUUCAGAACCUGCAGGUGCAAGUGAUGCGGGAACGGUACGGGGUGAUGGGCAGCCGAGUUCUCUUGCCGGUUUGGAACGGCGCAUCACCCAGCUCGAACAUGGGUUGGAGUCAUUGCGUCGAGCUGUUGUGGAGAUGCAGGCGACCCUGAGGGACAUACGGCAGCAAAUGAAUCCCGAUCUUCUGUAA